GUAAAUAUUACAUAUUUUGGGAAUUAUUACUACUGAAGUUUUAUCCGAAGAUGUCAGUUUAUCAUAGAGGAGGAGAGAGGAGAAAAAUGUUAACGGAUUAUCGCAUCCGAGAAGAGGAUUAUACGACAGACUUUGGGAGACACCAAACUCUAUCACCACCACCACAGCUGGAAAAAGAAAAAAAAAUGAGGAGAGAAAUUGCAAAUAGCAAUGAGAGACGACGAAUGCAGAGCAUCAACGCUGGAUUUCAAUCUCUUAAGACGCUAAUACCGCAUCAUGAUGGAGAAAAAUUGAGCAAGGCUGCCAUUUUGCAACAAACAACAGAUUAUAUUCAAGCUCUAGAACAAGACAAGUCCAAAUUGAUUGCUCAGAAUACCCAUUUGAAGCGCAUUUUGAGUGAUUUUGAUACUGGAGAAAGACUACAAGAGGGUGUCUACCAUGAUUCACCUCCUCCAAAGCGGAAGAAGCGGGAUACCGAAUCUUCUGAUGAAGGUAUAUCAGCUGAUUAUGAUGCUGUGGAGGACAUAAAACGGGAAAUGAUGGAAUUAAAAUGUCAACUGGAACAAGAACGUCAACUCCGUAUGAUACUUGAGGAAAGGGAAGCACAAGAACGGAUCAGACAGUUGGCGUCUCGAGUAAACAUGCAGGUUCAAAUGACGAAGGAUAAAAUGAUUUACAUGGAUCAAAUUAAUGAAGACAGGCAUGGACACAUUGUGAAACCUGAUUGCGAAAGUCCAAUGUCUGAAUCAAUGUCGCGCAGAAACCUAGAAACAAUAGUUGAAGCUAUCCGUCAUCUUGAAGGUGAUGGACUUCAACUUCCCCCAGAUGUAACGGAUAGACAUUGUGAAGAAAGGGUGAUCAUUCCACAUAGUGAGGAGAGUGAGAAGGACAGUGGCUCGGAAGAUAUCAAAUCUGAGUGUUCCAAUAGAGACUCCCCAUUAUCCUAUGUUCAACAAGACCAAGAGUCUUCGCACAUGAGUCCAACAAGUUCACACCAAAUUUACCACAAAAAUUUCCCUAUUGCGCGGAACCUUCUGCAUGGUAAUAUGGCGUCACAGUUCUAUUGUCGACCAGGUGUAAUAGUUCAGAAAUUAUAGGCAUAGUAUAAGGUUGCCAACAUGUACCAUCAUUUCAUUUCUCAUUGUAUAUAGUCAUUUGCUUCACCUCCGGAUUGGUGCAUGCAUCAAAAAUAGCUUCUAAAGUUGUAUUGCCCUCAAUAACAAUGAAAAAUUAAUUAAUGAUAAUCAGAGAUGGGUAGAAGUGGUUCUGGUGUGAUCUAGAUAAACAGAAUGACUUCAGAUUAGAUAUAUAAAAGUCUAUGUAGAAUCACGAGACUACUUGCUGCAUUUUUAGAAUAAUUUUAAAAUCAAUUUUUAUAUAAGUAUUCAAAUCAUUGUACAAAAAGGCGUGGUUUUUUUUCAAGUUAAUCAUUUAGUUGAUAUUUAAAUACAUCAAUCAGAUGUAUGUUGAAUGCCAAAAAAGCAGUGAACAACAUAAAUACAACAGACAAUUUGAAAUCCAAUAUGAGAUCAAAUGUAUUGAGUCAAAAUAUUUCUAGACAUUCGCCCAAAACAGAAAUUUUAAAUGAUAUUCAUAACUGAAGAUGUGCAGACAUUUUGUAUUCCUUUUUAUAGCUACUGGUCAUCAAUGUAAACUGUUCAGUAGUGUGUGUGAAUUUUUCUAAUUGUGAAGUAUAGCUACUUUGUAUGUGAACAGUACCAGUGAAGUCUUGCAUUUAAAAUCUGCUGUAAGCAGCAUUCCAUUUUCUUCUACUGCCUUAUCUGUUUAUGUAUAUAUAUCAAUCUUCAUUACCUUCAUCAAAAGAAGGAAUUGUAUGUGUAAACUUGUAAAUGGUUAACAAUGGUCCAAGAUCUAGAUGAAUGAAACAGAUUUGUGUUGCAGUCAAAAUAUUGAUGCAACACAAAAUAAAAUGAUUUAUAAUAUAUGAAGAAAUGUGUUACAUAGUGCUUGUACAUUUAAAUUUCAUGACUGGAUGCCAUAAGAAAUGGAUUGCUUGUUGAUAAUUAUAAAUACUGUAUACAUGUCAACUUCAUGUAAGAAUGUAAGUUAAAAUUGUUAUAAUUAUUUGUUUUGAAAGAUGGUUGUAUACUUGUGAUUUAUUACCUGUGCACAUGUUGUCAUUUCCUUUCAGAUGGGAUUAUUAGAUGCAUGAUGAUAUGGCUUAAAGAAAGCUAGAAAUUGUGUUCUGUUUGGGUAGGUUUGUUUCUGAGAAAAUUUGAGAAUCUGCACAAUUUAAAAGCAGGUGAUUAGCUAAUUGACUUCAUUAUCUAUAUUGCUGAAUUGUGAUUCUUCAGAUUAAAAAUUAUUUUGAUAGAAAAUCUAUUUUACUUUUAUCAUUAUUUAAUUUUUUAAAAUGGAAUGGGUUACAUACAAAUUGAAAAAUAGAUCACUAUUCAAGAAUAAAAGUAACUUUUGGGGAAAUGCAGAGACAAUUUUUCCUAAUAAUCUGGAGUUCAUGUAAUUUGCUAUCAUUUGUACAGUCAAGAGGAUACUAAAUCAAAAUAUGUUGAUAUUCAAAUCUGAUGUAGAAACUGAAUAUAGAGCUACAAUACACUGUGUGCACUCACAGGAAGUCUGAUGUAUAGUUGUUUGUUUGUACAUGAACCAAUAUGGCAUACAGCUUCAUAGAGUUUAAUACCAGAAACUUGAUAUCUUUGAAUUUUUUCAUUAGUAUUUUUCUUACAUUGUGAAGUUCUACCAUAUGAUGUACAUGUGUUAAUUUUCUGUAAGUUCGUGAAUUAUCAAGAACUUUAUUUAAUGCACAUGACAAUGCAAGCCUAAAACUGGGUUUAAUUUCCAACAGAUAAAUAGAGCUAGAAGUGGUUGAAAUUCAAUGUUUUUCUCUGCAGAAUAUCAAGGGAGGUUUUAGGUUGCAAAAAUUUGGGGAAGAAAAUCGUUAAAUUCAUAGAAUUUGCAUUACCACUUUCAAAAUAACAGGAGUUGUAUUGCUAAUUAGUUAACUUAACAAAUGAAUCACUUGUUGAAAUGAUUAUGAAACAAUAUUCGUUUAAAAGAUAUUUCUGCAGAAAGAACAUUUGUAUUUCCAGCACUGUCUUUCAUUGUCUUGUUGGGAAGAUCCAGAUUUGUGACGUUGAUUUUUGAGUAUUUAUAAUUUGUAAUAGAUGUUCAGUGUGUACCACAAACUUUUCAUUCAAAUAAGAUUUUAAAGUUCAUCUGUAUUUACAAUUUAUACCAAACAAAUACCACAAGUCUUGUCCAAAUAUUAUUUAAUAUAUAUAUACAUUGCCCUCAAAAUUGUCUGAAAAUGUGAUUUUAUUGGUUGUCUAGAAAGAGUAAUAUGAUUUUGUGUCAAUUGCAUUGAUGUUGCAUUCAAAAUUCUAAGAAUAGAGGUCAGAGAACAAUACACAUAACUCAGAAGUGUGACACAUGUAGUACUGAUGGGUCAUCAGAAAUAUAAGGUUUUAAGAUACUGUCAGUCCUUUACGUCAUGUUUAUUAUAUGUAUACUAUAAAGUGACAUCUUGAACUUGAAAUGCAGCUGAUGUUGAUGGUUAUUCUGAACUUGUCCGGUAAUUAUGGGGUAAAUUUAAUGCAACCGUGAAGCUUUUUUUUUUUUUUUAACCCUGAAUUAUUCAGAAGCCUACACCUGUUUAAAUUUUAAGAUUUGAUAAUGUUAUUUUAAAAUAAAGUUGUGGACCUGUAGGAAAUGCUUUACUGCUUUAAUGAUGCAGACUCCACUGUGCUUGCAGAAAGGGCUCUUUAUUGAAGAAUGUUAGUAUCUCCUUAUUAAAAUGUACUGUAAAUAUGUGUGCUGCACCAAAAAUGAAAACAUCUUAGUAUUAAGGUUUUUGAUGAAUUAUUCUCAAAUCAGUUCUAAAUAUAUGUAGUUAAUUGAUUUAAGAAAUCAGUCUGGAGUUUACUUGCAUAUCCAAGUAGAACAAUCACUGUGUUAAAAACUUAGCUAUUAAUCCUUGCUUGAACCUCUCUAACUUUAGUUAAAGCAAAUGCUCACCAGUUGCCUAUCUUCCUACAUUAGAUGUAUAUCUAUUGCUUGAAGUUUGUAUCAAUGUAUUAUCAAUUUUGAUAUUGAUGUCAUGUAGUUAGUGCUAUUGAAUGAAUUUCGGGGGAGUGGGAGGCACUGUCUUGUAACUUGUCACCUUUAUUGUUACUGGGGCCCACUAUACAUCCUUUAAUUAUUUACCCACAUAGAAAGUGCCUCUCUUCACUUCCCUUUUUCCCCACCUCUGUAUGUCAUUUUAUAAAAAAAAAAAAAAAAAACCCAUACAUUUCAACUAUGUUAGAUAUACAUUGAUUAAUAAGAAAAUUCCAAAGAUUUUAAAAGGUUGCUCAAGAGGUAGUGAACAUGACAAACUAGCCAUUAGAAUAUUGUUUGAUAAGGUUUCCUAAAAAAUGGAUUGUUUUGUUAAUUAAAUAGGAGAAGAAAGAAAUAGGAGGAGAGUUUGAACACUGCAGAAAUUAUGUUUGAUGUGAUGAAGUUUACGGACAGUCAUUUGCAUCAAUAAAAUAACAGUCGUGUUUUCAGGUGUACAUGUACUAAUAAUGGAAAUGAAAAUUUUAAUAUCCUGACAAUUACUUGACAACUCUGGAAGACUACAAAUUAACAUAUUGGUGGAAAAUUUGUUCAAUGUGUCAUUGUAAAAAAAAAAAAGAAGUAUCCUUUGAAGUUGUCAAUGUUUUUCACCUUUAUGACAUGGCUUCUUUAGUUUAUUAAGACAAAAUUGAGAGUGCUCCCUGUAUUAUAUAUUGUGAAAUGUUAUUAAAGGAAAUGGUUCACGAGAAUGUUGAACCACUCUCUUUGUAUUAAAAGUGCGAGUGUGUUAUUGCUAUCAAUCAUUUAUGUAUAUAUCCAUAUAAUUUAUUGAUUGAUAAUAAAAAUUCCAGUAUGGUGACAUCUGAUUAUUAUAUCAUUAAAUCAUCUACUCCUUUGAA